UUUGCUUCAAAGGAGACAGAGAAAAGCAAAGCUGCAAGCAUCGCUGUCUACAGAGGUGGAUUCAGGGAUCCGCGCAAGACCCUCCGUUAAAGGCACACAUUCACCUGGUUGAAAGAUUGGGGAAAUUUAAUUUUGACAGACCUAAAAUAUGGAAAACUCAUAGGAAGUAUUACUAGCGCUGUAAGUUAAAGAAGAUGGAUGUUUGAUUGAGGAACAGAAAAAUAAAAAAUACAAAUACAGUCAUUAUUUUCUUUCGGUGCCAUUUUACGCACUGAGAGAACAAUUGGAAUGAGCGGACUUUCCCAAAUCGUUUGUGUUUCACGAAUAUCAACAAUUUCAACAUUGAUUUUUGUUGAGCUACCAAAGGAGUUCUUUGCAUACUUUUUGUCACCCAUGCUUUUGGAAUUGGUGUCCAGAGAUAGCAUGCAUCAAACGGAGAAUUGACUUGCUCAAGGUAGCUGGGUCUACAAUUGAAGUCAUCUGCCAUUUUAUGGAUCUUUGAGAGGAAACUUUUCUCACGCUUUCUAAUAUCUUAAAACUCUUGGUGCAACAAUUCCCCCAAAAUCAUCAUCUGGACUCUCCUUCUGUUUCUCUUCAAACAAUGUUGAACAUUGUUUUUCAAUUUGCUUAUUGCCCACUUCGAGUGAUGAUACUGUAUUUUCUUCCGAUUGUAAUAUUGAUAGGAGAGGGGUCCCACUCAUCCCGUUCAGGGUCAGAGUCAAACUCCUGUUCUACAUUGGUACAAAGCCAUUUAUUUGGCUUUUUCCUGUCAUCAUCAGUAUUCCCAACUGUUCCUUGUUCCUGGAUCCUACAAAAUCCUGAUCCACAGCACUACAGCAUCUUUGUCAAGAUAACAAAACCUACCAAGGACUGCAUGCCAUUACAGCUUCGUAUCUUCCAAUAUGAUUCCUUCCUGGAGACCACGCACACCUACCUAGGAAUUGAUAGCUUUGACGAAGUUGUGAGGCUGUGCGAUACCUCUGCCCCAUUAGCCUUCCUUGAGGCUGACAAGCAGUUUUUUCACAUGAGAAAGGGCCCUCAUCAGAAAGGUGCAACCACUCCAAGCGACAGUGGUGAUUUCAAAGUGGAGUACCUGGCUGUUGGAAAAAGUAACCCCAGCAUGGCAGCCUGUCAAUUGCUGUGUCAGUGGCUGGAAGACUGCCUGGCCCCCAGCACAUCGAGCAGUCCAUGUGGCAUUAUCCAGAUGCCAUGUUUGUGCUGGCAUUCACCACUACAGUACACUGAGGGCAACAGCUGUUACUACAAUGGAGUUCACCUGUAUAACUGUUUACCCAAAGUCAGAGAAUUUGGAAAAAUUGCUAAAAUAAAAGGUAAAGACCUGCAUAUUUCUCGCAGUCAGUACCUUCGUUCAGCGGAUAGUCACAAGCUUGAUGAUGUAGACAACCCCCAUAGUGGACAGCAAAAUCCUCAGACAGGCUCAACCUCAGGGGAGGAGUGGUCAGCUUGGAGUGUGUGUUCUGCUACAUGUGGGGAGGGCUGGCAGAGUCGCACUCGUUUCUGUGUCUCCUCCUCAUACAGUACCCAAUGUAGUGGGCCUCUGCAAGAACAGAGAACUUGCAUCCCUGUUGUUUGUCCAGUGGCUGGCGCUUGGGAUGAAUGGUCACCAUGGAGUUUAUGUUCGUCAACAUGUGGCAGAGGUUUUCGAUCCCGAACACGAACCUGCACCCCUCCCCAGUUUGGGGGAGACCCCUGUGAGGGUCCAGAGAAGCAGACUAAAUUCUGUAAUAUAGCUGUCUGUCCAGUGGAUGGUGUGUGGAAUGAGUGGUCAAGUUGGAGUUCCUGUUCAUCUUCCUGCUCUAAUGGGACCAUGCAACGGACAAGAGAGUGUAACGGCCCAUCCUAUGGAGGUUCUGAAUGCAGAGGAGAGUGGCUUGAGUCUGUUGACUGCUUCUUUGGGGAAUGCCCAGUGGAUGGGAGCUGGCAGCCAUGGUCUCUGUGGUCAGCAUGUUCAAAAUCCUGUGGUGGAGGUGUACAGCAGAGAAGCAGAAUUUGUUUUGGUCCCUUUUUUGGAGGCCAUUCUUGCCAUGGAGAACGAGAAAAGGCCCGACAUUGUCAUGAAAAACGAUGCCCAGAAUCUCAUGAAAUAUGUGUUGAGGACCACUACUCCAACGUUGUUUGGAAGAUGACUCCAGCUGGCGAUACAGCAGCAAUGCGUUGUCCUCCCAAUGCAAUGGGGUUGAUUUUGCGUCGCUGCAUCCUUGAUGAGGAGGGUAUUGCAUCCUGGGAGAAUCCUACCUAUAUGAAGUGCAUUUCCAAUGAUUAUCGCAGCAUUCAAACUUUGACUCGAGAUCAUUUAUCUAAAGCGCAGCGAGGCCUCGUGGGGGAUGGCAUCUCUGAAGUGAUGCUGAAACUGAGGGUGACUUCCAGUGACGGCACCAGCUACAGCGGUGAUUUGCAAGCUAUUUUGGACGUGCUGAACAACAUGACUGAAAUCUUCAGGAGGGCAUACUACAGUCCCACCAGUACAGAUAUGAGGAACUUUGUCCAGUCAGUUAGCAAUCUGCUCAUGGAAGAAAACAGACCACGCUGGGAAGAAGCUCAACUGCUGGGCUGUAACAUCAAAGAGCUGUUCCGCCUGAUUGAGGACUUUGUGGAUGUCAUUGGUCUGAAAAUGAAAGACUUUCAAGACAUGUAUGAAGUGACUGAUAAUCUAGUUUUGAGCAUCCACAAGCGUCCAAUGGUGAGUAACGCAGAUAUCAGCUUCCCAAUGAAGGGCUGGAGAGGCAUGAUGGACUGGGCCCGCAACUUAGAGGACAGAGUCACUAUCCCAAAACACAUCCUGUUUACAAGAAAGCCAGAUUCGGAUGUCUCUUCAACAUUUGUAACAGGAAUCAUUCUGUACAGAAACUUGGGAAAUCUUCUGAAUUUGCAAAGAAACAGCACAGUACUGAACUCCAAGGUUGUAUCAGUCACUAUAAAACCCACUCCUGCUUCACUUUCUGCUGCACUUCCAGUUGCAGUUGAAUUGUCUCACUUGUACAACGGCACCACAAACCAGACGUGUGUAUCCUGGGAUGACAAUGAGAGCUCGUCUCUGCUGGGAUCCUGGUCUGUUCGGAGCUGCAAAGCCGUGCUUGUCGAUUCACUCCACACCAAAUGCCUGUGUGACAGGCUGUCCACCUUCGCCAUAUUAGCACGACUUCAUCCUGAAAUGAACAUGGAAAAGACACACCUCCCAUCUGUGACACUCAUUGUGGGUUGUGGAGUAUCUUCGCUUACAUUGUUGCUGCUCAUCAUCACCUAUGUGUCGGGCUGGAGGUAUAUUCGGUCUGAACGAUCUGUCAUUCUAAUCAACUUCUGCCUUUCAAUAAUUUCAUCCAAUGCCCUUAUCCUCAUUGGGCAGACCCAAACAAGAAAUAAGGUAUUAUGCACCAUAAUAGCGGCGUUUCUUCACUUUUUUUUCCUGUCAUCAUUCUGUUGGGUCCUGACGGAAGCAUGGCAGUCAUACUUGGCAGUGACGGGUCGUCUCAGGAAUCGUAUUAUACGCAAGCGUUUUCUCUGUCUUGGCUGGGGUCUCCCUGCUCUUGUUGUUGCAAUCUCAGUGGGUUUUACCAAGGCAAAAGGCUAUGGAACACUAAGCUACUGCUGGUUAUCUCUGGAAGGAGGGCUUCUCUAUGCUUUUGUUGGACCAGCUGCUGCUGUAGUUUUGGUUAACAUGGUAAUUGGGAUUCUCGUUUUUAACAAACUGGUGUCCAAAGACGGCAUUACUGAUAUGAAACAAAAGGAGAGGGCGGGUCAGAUGACAGUGCCACUGUACAAUAUGACGCUCAAAUGUGCCAAGUGUGGAGUUAUCUCGUCGGCUGACGUAUCCACCACUGCUACCAGUAAUGCCAUGGCCUCACUGUGGAGCUCCUGUGUGGUUUUGCCUCUUCUGGCUCUCACAUGGAUGUCAGCUGUACUUGCCAUUACUGACCGGCGUUCUGCACUAUUCCAGAUACUUUUUGCUGUCUUUGAUUCUAUGGAAGGCUUUGUCAUUGUCAUGGUGCACUGCAUCCUACGACGAGAGGUUCAGGAGGCUGUAAAGUGCAGUGUUAUAGAUCGCCAGGAAGAUGGGAAUGGGGAUUCUGGUGGAUCAUUCCAGAAUGGACAUGCUCAGCUUGUGACUGACUUUGAGAAGGAUGUUGACAUGGCUUGCAGAUCAGGUACUGAGAAGAAAUCCUCCGUUCAGGAAGAGGAAAAGGCCUCUUCUGGGGCUCUAACCGUUCAUAGGGGAUCCAACUUCAACACCAUGCCACCCAGUAUGGCUCGAGUCAACCCCCAGAACAGGGCAGAGUAUACCAGCCACACACUGAGUCUAUGCAAAGAGAAAUGUACCACAAAAGGAAUUAGCACUGUUUUGCCAGAUGCCAAAUCCAUUUACAUCUGUGAGAGUGAACUCUUUAAGCAGCUCGAUGGUGAGUAUCAACAAAGGAAUGGAGAAGGAAACAGUUGUGAGGGUGCUGGCAAAUUUCCAGGACUAGUCCUUUUACCAACCAACAAAACGAGCACCCUAAAGCCAGCCAAGGGCAAAGAAGAGCAGCUAUCCAAGUAUAACAAAAGCGAUGAGCAGUUGCCUCAGACAAGGCUUGUCCAGCUGGCUAACCCCCUCAGUGGUGAAAAAGUGUUUGCAUCUGAACUGAAUACCAUACCUGCUGACCAGGUUGUUGUGUCAUGCUCAGAGAUAGAAUCCCCUGCGCACAACCUAAAAAACCUGCUCAGAGACUCUCAGGUGGACAGUACCACCUGCAAUAGAGAAGAAUUUAGAAAAUCUGUUGUGAUGUCCAAGAGUGAAACUGUUUCUACUCUUUCCAAGAGCUCCUUGGAGAGGCAAAUAUCACGCUAUGAACAGCUUGACUUUGAGAAGAUAAUGCACACCCGGAAACGCCACCAGGACAUGUUUCAGGACCUGAACAGGAAGAUUCACAGUGCAAACAUGGAUGUAGAGUCUCGACCUGUUGAUGCCAAAGCUUCCAAAAGAUGGAGUGUGUCCUCUAACUGCAGCGACAAGACCAACACAAGUGAUAAGGAGCAGACCCCAAGUAAGAGGGCAUGGGAGGACAUACAAAAGACCCACUCCCCCACAUCCUGGGGAAGAAAGGAUCUGGUGACAGCAGUGACCUCCCCUUGUGAAAUUCGCACAGUGGAGUGGGAGAAAACAAGUGCAACUAUUCCAUUGGUUGGCCAAGAUAUCAUGGACUUGCAGACGGAGGUGUGAUAAAUAAAACAAAUUUCCUCAACUCAUUUUUCACAUAAAUCUUGGACAAAUGAGCAACAUGCCAUACACUGGAUGAAGUGCACUGCAAAUGUGAGGAGAAAAGAGAGCUAAAAAAGAAUGAAAUCAAGAAAUUAGCAGGAAAAUAAUAAGAUGGUAUGGUAUUGUGUUUUCUAUGUUGUUUCAUUUAAUGUUUGGAUUGUGUUUUCAUCAGAUAUGAACUGUCCUCCUUAAUAUAGACAUGAGUACCAAACUGGCUCACAUAAGAGAAAGUUGGCAAAGUACAAGAUUCACCAACUGCAUUGUGUAUACAGAAAAUUUAUGACCUGUUGUUUAGUAUGUAUGUAAUGGUUGUAAUGUAAUUACCUUUUUUUCCAUUCAGUGUUACUGUCACUGUUGCAUGUCUUUCUCGAAUUCAGCACUGCUGUUCUACGUGGCUCAAGAAGGUUUUUCCUCAAUAUCAGUCAAAAAAAUGUGAAAAAAAUUAACUCUUUGAGGACAGACUGGCAAGCACCCACUACUAUGCUCCUAAAGUCAAUCCCCUCCCCUGCCGAACUCACUCAAAAUUAUUGUAGCUCAAACACUUUAGCACUAUGGCACAGUUGGCACUGAUAAACCAAGUAAAGAGGGAAUGCAAAUGAAAAUAAAAAAAUCAUGCACCCAAUAGAACUUCUCUGAGAUUUUUGCAUGCUUCGCUAUCAAAAAAUCAGUGCCACCUGUGAGGAUUAGGGAUAGCUCACAGCUAGUCAGUCAACACAUCCAAUUGAUAUUUUGUUUUUGAGGAAGAUUGGCAGAUAAGAAUAGCAUAGUUAAUAUGAAAUGUUUAACAUUGGUUUUAAAAAGGAGUGUAUUUAUGUUUAAUGAUUAAAGUUAGGUAUGUGACUCAGUAAAAUUAUAUACUGUAUGUUAUGAUGCCUAAAAGGAACCUGAAAGCACAAGGCUCAUUUGGAGUCACGAUGUACAGCAUUGUAAUUAUUUAAACAGAGUGGAAUUCAGUCUUUAAAAACACUUCAUACUCUGAGGAAGAGUCAUGACUGAAAAUAAGCGCGUUAUUAUGAGAAUCUUCUUCUCCCUUCCCUGUCUUUUCAGGAUACUGGACAAUAUCGGUGUUCUGUAUCAGUAUGUAACCAGUGUUUGUAUUGCAACCAUUUUAUUCUUGGAUUUCCUGACUGUUGGUUGUUCUCUAAUCUGCUCCCAUCAUCAGGCUUUCUCACCGAACCAUCCCACACCUCUGAACUUGCCUUUUUGUUUUACCUGGUGUCAUCUGUUUAUCAAUGUACAGUU